AUGGCAAAAGUCAACUCAGAUGACAGUGAACAACAUGAAGUCACUGCUUUAAUGCUCGACACUUUUUCACCUCCGAAUUUAAGCAGUCACAAGAAUGAAAACGUUACGACAAUUGAUGGAGAGACAGAGAGAGGAACGACUGCAUUGGAUGUAACAAUAUUCAUGCUACGCGAGCUGAAGUUAGCGCCCGUCAUGAUGUUCCCACAGCAAGUGUCUCGAGCCAGAGAGGUCCGUCAAUUUCUUUCACGCAUCGAGUUUAUUACCAUUCACGACGUGAUAGAGCGUGAAGAUGGCGUUAUUUACUUUAUACUGGACGUAUAUCGCUAUCGUCAGCAAAAGGGAUUGCCGUCUACACGUCGUUCUGUGUCAACGGGGCAGCUAUGUCCACCACACAAGCGUCCAGGGGAUCUCGAACCAAAAGACAGAGGCCCAGACUAUCAGAUUGAACAGCGGUACUCGAGUUUUGCAAGGCUGCGCUCUAAUGUGGCUCACAGUGCACGUAAGCGCCACUCCAAGUGCAAAUCGUGCACGUAUUGCAUCGGUCUGCUGCAUUUUUUGCACGUGACGCCGUAUAAACCAAGUCUCAAGGUCAAGUUUACGACCACGACGGAAGAACGAAAGCAUAUUCUGAGCUCCUUUAUCAAUGAACUUGUGUUCAUGGCGCGCGAGGACUACACAUCGUGUCCAAGGUCAUUGCGUGGCUACCACAUUAUCCCGGCGCUUAUCAAGCGCUUUCUGUUGGAACAAACUGGCGAAUCAUUCUUUUCGUGA